AUGGACGAGAAUGAAAACGAAUCCAGUGAUCUUCCAAGUGAUCCGGAAGCUCACACUCCUAACAAUGAGAUGUCUGGAGAUAGAAAUGAUGCGGAAGUGAAUAAUGUAACGCCUGACUCAAAAAAGAGAAGGGUUUGGGAAUCAACACCAGUUGACGUUCCUACCACAUCAGGAUCGGAAACUAACAAUCAGCUUCCUCCUUGGGUUGCAGGUGGAUCUCCUGCUCAUUUCAUCUCCUCCGACGAUCUGCUAAAAAUGUCUCUUGCAAUGGACAAUUUGGCGUUAGUGCAUGAAAUCGCAAUUGAUCCAAACUUCUCAGUAUCAGAAAUCCCAAAAAACCCCAUCGAAGCUGCAGUGAAAGAGAAUAUGUACCGAGCCUACUGGGACAUUCUUUCUGAAGAUUUGAGGAAGGAUCCGCCAGAUCACGGACAUGCGUUCAAUUUGUUGAUGGAAAUCAAGCAAACAAUUUUGGAGGAUGUCCUUUCGCCUGCCCAUGUGAGACUGAGGGCCGAAGUUGACAGUGUGUUGGAUGAAAAUGCAUUGCGCAGCAAAAUGGAACAGAACUGUUUGGACGUGCGGGGCAUAGGCCGCUUUAUUGUUGACUUGCUUGGGAGACUAUGUGCACCUGAGCGUGAUCCCAUAGUGGAGAAGUUGCGACAUGAGGAAGGAAUCGUGGAAUUGAUCAAAGGAAUUUUCGGCUUAAUAGAUAUAAUGAAGAACGACCUGACGAACUAUACGAUUUCGCAAAAUCGUGAUGUAGUAGAAGAGUACAGCGCCCAGUUUGAGUACAAAGAAUUCCUGAAAUAUCUGGACAAGUUCCCAGAUGGUUCUGUCAUGACGAAGGAAUGGUUGAAGGUAGCGUAUCACGAAGCCUAUGCAUCGACUUCCUCAACCAACGCAGAGCCAGAGGCGAAAAGAGAAAAACUUGAAGAAAACCCUCCCAGUGAUGAAGAAGUUGUAAAAUCUACUAGCAAAGGUUAUCUCAGAUUGGUCCAGUCACAAACUCCUUCACCAUAUCCAGAAACUCUACGAAUAGAUCGAUCGCGCUUAUGUGCGCUGGCUGAGAAAUUUCUGCAAAUGAACAUUGUGACUAGUGCAGUGUUUGUGGCUUGCAACCUUGCGGGGAAACAAGUAACCGAAAGCGAAGGGUUCAAGAAAUCAUUGAAAGAUCAGCUAAUAGUAAUUACCAAUGAUAUAGAAGAGAAAAAUCUGGAUGUUACCGUAGAGGCCGUUUGUGAGCAAUGCGUUUGUAUGGUGACAAAACGCGCUUCUGAUUUAUCAGUUGAAUUGCCAGUUGGCCAGGAAAAAAUGCUUCGUCAGCAAAUCAAAGCCAUUACCGAUGAACACAAUGCUAUAAGAAUGCUCGUCCAAUCACGGAUUGCAACUUUUGUGGAGGAAAUGCUUUGUUCUCCUUCUGAGGUGCCUCGACGACUUCUUCCCGGAUUGUCCAUCAUUCAAAGAGAACUUUGUGCAUUUACAGCUAGACUGAUCAGGAUAUGUAUACAUAACCGAAGGACAUUUUUCGAACUCUAUCGAAAUAUGCUGAGAGGAAUCAAGGAAGCUGUCGGUUCAUCUUGA